GCCGAUGUGCGGCUGAACAGUGGAGAGUAAACAGUUGUCUCAGCAGGCUGCAGAUGCACCAUGAAGCAGUCAGCAUCGGAUUCAGAAACCGAUGAUUAUGAGCAGCCUCUGCUCCAUCGAAAACAGGACGAUGACAUAAAAAGAGCUCCGGUGCUCUGCUCUUCACGCUAUGGCCUUGCCAUACUGUCCUGUUAUGGGUUCUUUGUGGCAUAUGCACUGAGGGUGAAUCUUAGUGUGGCAAUGGUGGACAUGCUAAACAGUAGCAGCAGCAGCAGUGGUGCCAAUGACUCCGUCUGCCCAAGGCACAGCAGUCCUGCACGCCCCAAACACAACCACACAGCCAGCGUGUAUGACUGGGACUCGGAGACUCAGGGCUGGAUCCUGGGCUCCUUCUUUUAUGGCUACAUAAUCACUCAGAUACCAGGUGGCUACCUGGCACGCAAGUAUGGUGCUAAGUGGCUGCUGGGCUUUGGUAUCCUGGGAACUGUGAUCUUCACUCUGCUCACUCCUGUGGCUGCAGACUUGGGUGCUGGCUACCUCAUCGCAGUCAGGGUGUUGGAGGGCAUAGGGGAGGGAGUGACAUUUCCUGCUAUGCAUGCUAUGUGGGCAUCUUGGGCCCCACCACUGGAAAGAAGUCGACUGCUCACCAUCUCUUACGCAGGUGCCCAGCUUGGCACUGUGGUAGCCCUCCCCUUGUCUGGCCAGAUAUGUUUUUACUUGGACUGGACAUAUGUUUUCUACAUUUUUGGAGCUGUUGGUCUUCUGUGGUUUAUCCUGUGGGCUUUUCUGGUCAGCAACAGUCCUAGUUCACACAGGAGAAUAUCUGAGACGGAGAGGACCUACAUAACAGCCUCUUUAAAAAAUGAGCUUUCUCCAACCUCAGACUACAUACCAUGGACAUCCAUCCUCACAUCUGUGCCAUUAUGGGCCAUAGUUGUUGCGCAUUUCUCUUACAACUGGACAUUCUACACAUUACUCACUCUCUUGCCCACCUACAUGAAUGACAUACUGGGCUUCAGCAUUAAGCAGAAUGGGAUGCUCUCUGCUCUGCCUUACUUGGGCUGCUGGUUAUUGUCAAUGGGAGGAGGCCAGUUGGCAGACUACCUGAGGGAGACCUGCCUCUUUCGCACUGUUAUUGUACGCAAGGCCUUUACUAUCAUAGGCAUGAUGGGGCCCGCUGUGUUCCUGGUAGCAGCAGGGUACACUAACUGUAAUUACAUCAUGGCUGUUAUUUUCCUCACCGUCUCUUCAUCUCUGGGUGGCUUCUCAGCAUCCGGCUUUAACAUCAACCAUCUAGACAUUGCGCCAUCAUAUGCUGGAAUUUUACUUGGAAUCACAAACUCCUUUGCAACUAUACCAGGCAUGGUGGGUCCUGUGAUAGCAAGAUCACUGACCAAAUCUAACACCAUUUUAGAGUGGCGAACAGUUUUCUUCAUCUCAGCUGGGAUAAAUCUGUUUGGAGCUCUCUUUUACACACUGUUUGGUAAAGGUACAGUACAGCCCUGGGCAGUCCACAGAGUGCAUAUACAGUGAAAGAAGACUUCUUUUAGGUACUAAGUGGGAAAAUGUUUAAGACUUCAGUGGACUUAAUUCAGAUGAUUCCAUUUGAAAUCUUCAGCACAACUGAUUUAAUGUUAAUUUUUUUUUCAGUAAACUUCUCUAGUGAAGUUUACCUCUAAAAUGGGCUUCCAGCAACACCAAUUUAAUGCCAUGUCCUUUUUUGUUCAGUUCAUUUGGCUGUUAAGCAAACCUGUUCUAGGUAAAAUGAUGCUCUUAUAAGUCAUGUUGUCUGUUAUUUCACUUGUAAGUAGCCACAAUGAUAACCAACUAACAAGCUUAUCCAUGUUAAUAAUACACCUCUGAUUACAUAUUCAAGGAGGACAUUCAAAUGCCCAUUCUUCAUUUGCACUUUCAAUAACAAAGUGCAGUAGUAAUGUUUUACAUGUAAAUGACUGUAAUGGACAUUAUCUACAGAAAACUUGCAGGUGUUGCUUUUUUUCCACCGUAGUAACACUCCACAGUCCUUUUAUCAACUGACUGAUAAGUUAGACACAUCAUUCUAUUUCUAUUUAGAAUUAUUAAGUGCCAGCUGUAAGCAUUGUGAAGAUGGUGGGAAUAUGGUCCUUUAACACACCUUCAUUCCAUUGACUUCAAUAUGUACAUAGCCAGAUCUGUUAAGAUAGUGAAUUCUUAAUGUUACAGACUGUAAUCUUUUGAAGCAUCUUGGGAAUCAAUUUGAAUGAGUUUUCCUCUUCUGUGUUUUUAAAAGUACAACAUAGGCUUCUCAUAAAACACAAUUGCUAUCUUUCAUGUGUCACUCUAUAAGCUAUGAUGGAUUUAAGGGCCUUAUUUUCUUCUUCCUGUUGUGCCUUAUGUUCAUCAGAAAUCCCUUUUCAUUAGUCUCAACAUUUCUUAUGGUCAGGCUUCCACAGUAGAAACAGUUAGUACAUUAUAAAACAGUCGCACAUGCUUUCUGAGAUUUUUCUAUUGUUUCACAUUCUAAUUGUUAUAUUGUUAUUUGAUGCCAUAAAAAGGGAAUUGGAGUAUUUUGUUUACUUGUUUUUUAUUACUUUUGUUUACUUAAAACAUUAAUUCAGAUUUCUCAGGAAUAAAUUCUGUGUAAGAAUGAAUUAUGAGAAAAUAAUCCUUCAAGGAAAAUAAAUAAUUCCUCCCAAUGCAGGUAUAAAUGUUUUGAUGCAGUGUAUAUAUAUAAGCCAUCUGUCGGGAUUGAGGAGGAAAUUCUUGCAUCUGUAUUAUUGCUUUUUGGCCAGAAAAGCUGUUCAAAGAAAAUAAAGGACAUUUAUUGAUGA